AUGCUGACCUCUCCCCCCACCGCGGCCGGCCGGGCCCCUCGGGGCCGGGGAACGGCGGGCGGCCCGGGCGACGACCCACGGGGACGACUCCCGUCGGCUGAGAGACUCCAGGGCAGCCCCGCCUCCGGCUUCCCCUUCGCCCCGGCCACGCCCCCUCCGAGCGCGGGGCUUUGUGGGAGUUGUCGGCCCGCGCGGCCGCGAGCCUGCCUCCUCCCGGAAGGCGGANGGAGUUGUGGUCCCGUGCCGCCGCGAGCCGGCCUCCUCCCGGAAGGCGGGGCCGGCGGCCGGGAGAACCCGGGAACUACAGCAGCGGAGGCCGCUCCGCCUCCCCGGGCCGCGGGCUCGACGGCGGCCAAUGAGGCAGGACCACGCGGGCCUCCAAAACAAGAGGCGGUGCGGGCCGUGCCGGCGGUGCGGGCGUGCGGAAGGGGCUCCCUGCCCCUGCGCUCGCCGCCGUGCCGCGCCCCUCCCCCGGCAGUUGCUCCUGGAAACCGGGCGGGGGUUUUCCCUGUGUGGCCGUUCCCUGACACCGCACCGCCAGGAGGCUCCAGGAUGCGUCCGGUGCGCUUUCUUUGUCUCGUUCAGUGUUCUGUAGCCGCCGAUCUCCUGCAGCUUCCGCUUGUAUUCCCACAUUAAGUGGUCACAGGUGCCCAGAGCAUGGAACACCAAACCCACACAUCUGGACACUGG